CCUCGCUAUUCAUCUUGACAACUGGAGACAGUUGCCCGCAGCGAUAUCCAUCAAAUUGUAAAUGUUUUCCUAACUCGAAGCUCGUAUCUUGCGAGAAUAUGCAAGCAACAACGACGUUUCCUCGAGGUGUAUUCAACAACGAUACAAAAUGGUUGAUAAUCGAGAAAAGCAGCAUCACAAAUCUCACUAAAGACGACUUCAUAGGUCUUCCUGUCUUGGAAAAGCUUGACAUGAGCGAAGGAAUCUUGAAUUACAUACAAGACGGGACAUUUCAGGAGCUUUUGAACUUAAAAUAUGUUUCACUGAAAGACAAUAAGCUCGCGUCUUUCGUGCCUGGAAUAUUUGCAAAUCUCUCGAAAUUAGAGCUCGUUCACUUGAGUAAAAAUCCCUUUGAAUCCCUGCCAGAUGGCAUCUUUGAAAACAGUCCGUUAAAGAAGCUAUAUAUUACGCAUUCUAAGCUGAAUUCAACGGGAUUAAACGGCAUCGGCAGCGGAGGUGUGACCAAAACCAUUACUGAGCUGCAUGUAGAUUACUCAAACAUACCUCGUUUGGCAAAGAAUCAGUUCAGUGGCCUAUCAAAUUUAGAAAAAAUCGGUUUGCUUUCCUGCAAUAUUCAGUAUAUCGGUGCAGAUUUCCUGCAGGGGACAAAGGUCAAAAUUGUUGAUUUAUAUAGCAACAAUAUCGUUCAAAUAGACCCGGAUGCUAUGAGUGGAAUUACGAUUGAAUGGUUUGAUUGUAGAUAUUGUGGUCUUACUACAGAGAAAGUGUUUGGGAAUGAUAGUUUUUUGCUAAAAAUGACUUCGCUUGAACGGUUAGAUCUCGGCCACAAUGAAAUCACACAGGUUCCGAAAGGCGCAUUUGAAGGGCUGACAAAACUGACCACUUUGUUGCUAUUUUAUAACAAUAUAUCAACCAUCGAGGAAAAUCCAUUCACCGAACUGAAACUGGAAUCUUUUGGCAUACAAGAAAAUCCAUUCAACUGCGAUUGCCAUCUUGCUUGGUUUCAUAAGUAUGCACUGGUUGAAAUUGGUAAUGACUUGACCGGCAAGGAUGUUCUGAAGAAAAUGAAAUGUGCAUCUCCUAGCAACCUAGCUGGCAAAAUAUUUCCUGAUCUGAAUGCGAGCCAGUUCUGCUGCACCCCAACCAAAGGUUCUGCUCCUGUUUGUGGCAACGAUACUAGCAAAGCAAUGACACUACGACCAAUUAUUAGCAUGUUGCUGAUGCCGUAUUGCUUAAUAUUUUUAUUUACUAUUUUCCCACCAUGGUGAUAACAUGAAUAAUGAACGUUUUAAAUCACAGUGUGUUUCAAUUAAAAUGGAAGUGAAUUCCGUGUGUGAACAAUCGGUUUGUUUGCAAAAUAUGCAACGAAUUGCUGGUUAAGAUUUUGAGGGUAUACUGUAUAUCAUGUAUUUAUUUCAACUUGGGG